UUCUUCUCUCAUUCGCUUUAUUUGAAACUAAUAUUAACUUUGGAUUUAUGAACUUUGGAUUAUUGGUAAUGUCAAACUGGGUCUAGUACAGAACGACACAACUAAUCGAACUGAACUAUAAAUAGCUGUUGUAUAUGUACAUUCAUUGUACACAACAUAAUUUUUUCUCGUUCGUUCGAAGCAAGUUUUUCAUUCAUUAUAAUGGGCUUUAUUCCAAUUUUUGGCGCUAUGUAGUAUUUAAGAAUACCGAACUAUUUAAUUUAUUGGUUCUGAUGUCUGCUUCUAGCUCCCCUGCUCAAUUUAGCUUUUCAUUCAGAUUAAAAACUGAGAGAACUGCUUUCAAACGAAAUUUGGAUGUCUAUACUUGUUGCUUUUCCAUGCUCUAAUUUCGUAAAAAAGUUAUGGAUGACAUCAGGAGCAGUUCCCAUACUGGAAAACAUGUAUGUUAGGCCAAAGAUCUUUGGCGUACAACAGCAGUGUGUACGUCAAAUUUUGGCGUAUUUCUCUGGCAAAAUGUUGGCGUAAUUGCUUUGGCAUUGCAUGAAUGUUAUCUCAAGCUUUCUAUACACUGCAUGUGCAUAGCAGGGGUGUCCAACAUACGGCCGGUGGGUCAGAUGUGGCUCCCGAGGGCAUUUUCUUUGGCUCUUGCCAUGUCAAUAAUUCUAUCCUCUAAGUUUAUUGAGUAUAUAUGACCAUGGUGCUUGGGUAUACUUUUAUGAUUCAUUAUAAGGCAUACCUUCUAAUUGUUGGGUAUACUUUCUUAUUGUUAGGCAUUCAUUUGCAUCAUAAUAAACUAUUAUUACGAAGCUGAACAGACAUAGUCUAGCUACAAUCUAAGCAUACAAAAAACAUUUAAAUUUGUUUUUUGCACAUCAACCGCAAGUUUAAUCUGUGAUGUGAUAAAAUUUCUGAAAACAAAAUUUAACAUUUCACAUUGAUAAUUUUUUCAUGUAACAGUUUAUGUAACUUUCCAUUUAAUUUUUUAUAUAACUGUAAUUAUUAAUACAUUCAUUGCUGAUGAUUGACAUAAUUAUUCAAAUGGCCUGCCUGUGCCAUAAAAUUUUGUCAAUGACCCACCAAAAGAAAAAAUUGGACACCACUGGUGUAGAUAUUUCUGGUUAAUCUUCUGUUUGUACUGAACCCUUUUCAAUUAGAAACCAUGGAAAAUCAUGCCACUAUAACCUGCCCUUUGCGCUAAGAGAUUUCUGUAAUGAUCAAAUAAAAAGUAUUUUUAAUAAACAGCAUGACUAGUAAACAACAAUAAACGUUUUACCCUUAAAACAGAAAAAUAGAAAACGUUGCAGAUUUUAUAAGAGGCAAAUUGCUCACUUGUCGCUCUUUGAAUCUGGCAGCUCCUCCCCCCUAACCUAGAAAUGUUGAUCCCACCUUAGCCUUAAAAAAGUUGGUCUCUGAGAAAAGUGCAAACUGCCAUAGGAAUAUCAAAUUCAAGAUAUGAACAAGCAGUUGACAGUUGAUACGUUCUAAGCUAAUCUAUAGGGCAUGGUCACAAAAAUUUUCUCAACUUACAGGAAAGUCUCUUGGUCCUUACUAUGGUGCCUUAAAGUUGUGCCACUGAUGCCUGUGUACCAUUUUCAUUUAGAAUGAUACAAUAUUAUACUAUUUAAGGUACUUGAAAACAAUACCCUAAUAAAACAGCACAACCCCCGUCAGAGAAAUAUCCUCCCGUGAUGGUUCCUUAGCGUGGCAUGGCAUGGCAUGCUCCUCAAAUUUAGGCAGGCUGGUGAUAAGAAUCAGACACCAAAAACUACUUGGGUAAAAGCUAUGGUGUGCAAAAGCAAACUUUCCAGCAUGGAGCAGUUCCAUUUAUGUAUUUGAAAACGGAAUUUGCACAUUGAUGUCAUGGAAGCCAAUGAUCACCAGGCUCGGUGGUUCUUAUGCUGUGCUCCAAAAAGGAUCUUAAGUCAAUCUUCUUUAAUUGAGGUUCGUUUUUUGAUGGUUUCUAGAGUCAAAGGAAACAAAUUAAUGAUGAAGUUUUCUAGGGCACGGAGAAAUAACCAAAACAGUUUUCAAGCUCAGCACCCUUAAAGCAGAUAUUAACUUGAAGAGAUUACAGCUGACUGCAGUGCUUAAGAGAUUCAAUAUUCUGUAUUAAUUGAUGCCAAAAUAGCCAUUAGUAUGUGUACAUCAGGAAUGUUAAGGUUGAGAGAACUUUUUUCUGUAUAGAACAUGAAUAGUGAAUAAUGGUGGUUAUAAAAAGAGAAAAUGGGAUAAAAAGAAGUUUUCUGAAAAACGCCUUCAUUAAAGAGUUUGGCACAAUCUGAGUUAUCUACAAGAUGUUGUUUUGCUUGCAUUUUUUACAAGAACAUUUUGCUCCAGUUUCACCCUGACAUUUCUUAUUUUUUGCAUUUUUAAAAUUUUUUGCUGGUAUCUUAUUGCAUAAGACUUGUUGAAUCUCGGCCUGCCUUGUUUCUUAUGUUAUUCUUAUAUUUUGGGCAAAUCUCAGCCUGAUGUUUCUUAUAAGGGUCAGUGGGUGAAGGUAGCCUCCACCAACACCUGGAUCCUAGUAUAGACUUAUUAGAGACAAUUUUACUUUUUUGUUAGUCUUCUGUUAUUCCUUGUUUAUGAUUAACACCGCUCCCACUCUGGCAAUAGCCAACCCUGCUUACCAAUAUUUGCUUGGAUUUCUUGAACCAACCAUCAAAUGCAAUAUUUUAUUGAAAUCAACAAAUUGGAAUGCUUGGUGGAAAUGGUAUUAAUCUUAAUUCUGAGUUAAUUUUCCCUUUUUUUAAAUUUUAUGCUCCAGAUUGGUUGAAAAUACUUUUGGAGUAAAUGAUUGACGAUUGAAGAAGUGUUGUUCUUAUAUAAAGGUGGUCUUUGAAAGGCAGCUUUGUUCCUUAUGAUGAAAGAAACAUGUUGUUUUAUCCUAUCCCCCAAUCUUUUGUUUGUUUGUUCUAUGAGGCCAGUGUGAUAAUUGGCAGAGCCUGGACAUCUUUUCAUCUAGCAGUUUUGGAAUCUAUCUAAUAUGCAAAUGAAAAAACCCCUUUUGUGUAGACAGAAAGAAAAAUUUUUUCUCUCUUUGACUCCAAUGCUGAUUUCUCUGUAGGCACGCUGUACUAAAAACCACAAAAACAGAUAUUUUUACACUGAUAUGGGAUGCUGUAUUUUCCGGGUACCAUUCUUAAGUUGAAAACCAAUCUUGUGUUAUCAAUUUUGGUAAAAUAAUUAUGGUGGUCAUAAAUUUUAGGAUUCAUUCAUAUCAUUAACUAAAUUUUCGGUUACCUUUUUUAAAAAGUCAUAUGCUUUAUUUCUUUAAUUGAGUUGUUGUAUUUUUUCUCAUUUAAGGUCUUGCAUUAAAUAUUUAUCUCAAAUUUGAAUUGAAUUUAAGAUCAGUCUUCUUUUUACACCAAAACUAUCCAAUCUGAUUUGGUGCAUACUGUUUUCGCAUAAUGAAAAUGCUGUAAUGAGGGAUUAAACCAAUCUAAUAAGUCUCUAUGCUUAUGUAAACGGUUGAAUCUGAUGUUAGAUAAAAGUUUUGCUGCACAAAGACGAUAAAACAGAGGCAAAAUAAAUGCAAAAUGAAGUUAAAAAGUUAUAGUUUAAACAGGGUCUAAGAAUGUUUCCUGUAAAGGUAACUCAUGGCCUUGAUAAGGCGUCCACAACUAGACAGGUGCCAAGGUGUGUUCAUGCAAUGGCAUACCUUUCCAUGGAUGGCCUGAGAUAUAUUUGUCCAAGCACUAUUUUCCAACGGCUGUAGCUAACUAUUUUGCUGAAAGGUUGCAAUCACUUUUUACCAGACAGGUUUAAAAUUAGCUGUCAAGGCAUGCCUUAUUGGCAAAAACUCUUUGUUUGUGAAGCAGGGAAUGCCAGUUUUUUCCAAGGAGAUGUCACCUCCUCAUAAUGACGGCCUCAACUUCCCCAAUUCUUUCCCAAACAUACACUGUCCUGAGGUUCAAGAAAUGAUCCCUUGAUUGGUUACUAUUCUGGAGAUUGAAUAUCAUUGAUUGGUUGCUGCUUUUGGAGAUUGAAUAUCGUUUUAUACUUCAACAAUUUUUUUGUUGCUACAAGCAAUUAGAUUAUUCCUUAAAUUAUCUAAUCUUCACAUUAUUUGCAGUGUCAUAGCCAGGGUUGGAAGAUUGGAGGGGCAAAAAGGAGUCAAUAGCAAGGGGUGCAGAGGUUCACACCCAGGAAGGUUUUUUGCUGAGCACACCCUUAAGAAUUUUGGAAAACGCCCCAUUUCGUUAAUGUGUUUGGAAAAGCUAUGGCAUUUUUGUGGCAAUGGUUGGCUAAUCAACCACAAUAACCAUCAUAUGUAGCUUUCUUUUUCCUUAAUUAUUCUUAUCACAUUUAUAUUCUGAAUUGUGUCUAGCUCUAUGUGUAAAAACUGAUUUUCCAAAGUUGUAAGCAAAUAUCUGAAUAUAAUAUACAGUAUCCAAAAGUUUCAAACUAAGUCCAUUCUCUCAGGAGCAAAAUCUGCAAAAUCCUCUACAACCAUUUCAAAAUCCAGUUUUUUAAGGAUUGAAACACUUAACCUUUUUUCUAUUUUAUCGGGAAUGCCAAAAGAUGUGAAAAACUUUCCAUAUAAACCCCAAAUUGAGUGGAAAUUGUAAAACAUUAUGUAGAGGUAUAGAAAGGGUCCUCCUGCCGGCAAAUCAAACAGAAAAUUUUGUGCGACCUACAGACGUUGGGUUGUAGUCCUUAAAAACGUUUUGAAUUUUUCAAAUAUAUCAAUCCUCCCUGACAGAGGCCUGGUGGCCCACCGGGACUCAGGAAAAUUCCCGAUAGUCUCCUUUAAUCUUUUCAUGCAGGCCCCUUAGAAUUUUCUUCCUUUUAAGGUUUUUAUUAUUCGUAACAUCAGAUUUGUGAGAAAAACAAGUGAAGUAAGACCCCACGCUGCCUCCAUGAUGCUCAUUUCCAACAUAUAAUAAGUGAUGACAACAAGAAACAAUCAGCAUCACAAUGGUGUGCCCUAAAAACUUGAUUUUUCCGGCCCAUGAUAAUUCCCACCACGCCCCUACCCCCUGAGGUAAUAGUUUUAUUGCAGUUUUGGAUUUUUUUCAGACAUUAACCUUCUGAGCAUUGGGGAGACGGCCACCCCCCUUGCCCCCUUGAUACGCUACUGCUCUUUUGGUUGUUAAGAAAGUUCUUAUUGGUUUUUCCCUGGCAAAGUGCCAGUCAAAAAACCCAGCAUCAUUACUGAAGGAAAACCACAUUUGUUGAUAAAACCUCAAAGUUCCUUGACCACUGCUUCACAAUGAGAUAUAAAAGGCUAUGAAUAUUGACCAUUUUCUUCCAUUUCCUGUAAGCUGUGUCUGUGGCUCUUGUAAACUAAGAGCCACAGACACUAUAUGUGCAUGCACACUUUAUGGAAUGGUUUCUAUGCUCAAGUGUGCCAAGCAUCUGUAUGAUGUCGUUACUUGCCGAAUUAUAGAGAAAGACAAAUUAAAUGACUGCAAAUGAAUUUCUGACAGAACUGUCAUUUAGCAAAAUUUGACAUGUCAAAGAUGAACAACUUUUAAGGAAAGGAAGGAGAAAUUCAUGUGUCAGAGAUGUUUUUCUUUGGUUCUAUUCUGGCUGUUUGCCUUUUUACGAGAUUGGAUCAAGUAGCUUCAAAUUACUGCAACCAUUCUCUAGGAAUGAGUGAUCGAAGGAUUACAGACAGUCAGAUUAAAACAAUGGGAGAUGGAGGUGGACAAACUGGAAAAGAUGCAAGGCUCAAGAAUGGGACAGGGUGGUGUAAUUUAGCUGACAUAAGUUCGUCAAAACCAGUGUUUAAGGAAAAUGUUUACCUUGAAGUAAAUUUGCGGAAUAUAACCAAAAUUACUGGUUUCUCAUUAACAGGAGGAUCUGGCAAAGUCAAAGUAUACACAACUGGAAAUUUUAUCCAACUCUUUUAUAAGAUGAACAAGUAUGAUAAAUACAUCUUAAACAAGAAAAUUCAGGUUUUUAACCUGAAAUACCCGGAUACAAGGUUUAUAGCCGUACAGCCACCUAUUCAUGGCCGCUACUUGAAGUACAUGCCCGAAAAUGACCAGAAUCCCAAGUGUGUUCAGCUGGAGUUUUAUGGUUGUCAAUUGGAAAAAUCAGGUUGUUUCAGACCUUUAUUGAACAAUAAAAUGGGCUACACAGCAUCGUCAUCAAAGGUACCGUUUGCACCGAAUUACAUAAACAUGAACGCUGGCCCGUUUCCAUGGGGACCACAGUUUGGUGGCUUUUCAAAAGAAUAUGUCGAAAUUGAACUGAAAGAUCUCUACUUAGUUUCUGGAGUGCGUACUUUCCCCCCUCUCUAUGCAGACAAUAUGCUUGAUCAGCCGAUCGCCUUCUCUAUCCACUACAAACUCUCGAAUGCCAGCUUUUAUCCGUACACGGCAAGAUAUACGCAACCGUAUCAGUUUAAUACCACAAAGACGUUGGGCGACGUAUUCAAAAUCGAACCGAUAUUCGCGGCAAGAGUUAUCAAGAUUUUCCCAAACAUUUCAAAAGACAGUAAACAUCGCUAUUUAAAGAUGGAAAUCUAUGGAUGCAAACUUUCAGAUCAAAGUAUAUUUGGAAAAGGAAACACGCCGUUGCCCAGUGUUUCAACUACACUUUCAAGAACUACGCCUGUUGGUAGCACAAUGUCACCUGAAGCUGAAAUUCAGUCUUAUGAAAUCAGACAAGGUAAUCGAUUUAGAGAUUUAUCCUACGUCGGCAAAGCAAGUAGAGGUACAUUGCAUGACGGGAAGGGAUCUCUUGUUGAUGGAAAGCCGUCGUUGAAAUCACCUAUUAAACACCCCGAAUACUGGGUCGGAUGGAAAAGAAGUGAACUGCCUAGGCCUUAUAUAAUACUGAACUUGGAAAGGCCAGCAAGUCUGAGGUCUUUAGGCCUCUUUAGCUAUGUUGAUAGACGUGAGACACUUGGGUCUUUUAUAGCCUCCCAGGUUCAGUUUGGUAUCGAGGCAUCAGGCUCAUGGUCAAAGCAGUUUUACGCUUGUCCAGAGCGACAGGAAUCUGAUGGAUCCGUUUUCUUCAACAUCCACUUCAAAGGGAGAAUGGCAACGCGGAUAAAGAUACAGUUCAAUUAUUCGGAUGAAUAUUUAGUCUUCAGUGAAGUCAUUAUUAAUGCUGAAAAAACUACGGGAGAAAUUUUACUCAGGCUCUCCGAAAUAUCAUGUAAAGUGGCCAUAUUUGAAGAACAGUUAAAAAAUGGAGAUUCCAAUUCACGAAAGUUAAUUUUUAUCGUGGUAAGCGUGGCUGUUGUCACUUUGCUCGCAUUUUUGUUGUGUUUGGCGUACGUAUACAGAAAGAAGAUACGGCAAAAGGUUGGUGGAAGGAAAAACCGUAAGAAUAGAAAUACCGCUAAAGGCAUCAACGGCAAUAAUAUCGAAAACGACUUACUGCUGCAAAGUUUAACGAAAAACCCAAUUUACGAUGAAUCCUUCACGUCUCCAAACAUUGAGGCGGAUCACAUGUAUGCGGUUGUAGAAGGGAAAGGAAGCGAAAAGAGCAAAUUGAUGGAGCCCAACGUAACAGUUGAAGAGAUUAAUGAUUCGAGUAACAUUUAUGCCGCCCCAGACCAAGGUGGUGUUGGUUACGCAGAGAUUUUUGUUGAUCAGGAAAAGGAAGCAGAGAGCUAUGCCGAACCGGACUCACCACAUGACAAAAAAAACGUGGAGAUGAACCCUAUCUACGAAGGAACCCGAAUCUAUGAAGACCCUUACCAGACCGUGACUGGAUCUAGCUUGUAUGCUGAUCCAGACGUGGAACCGCAAAGAAAAAGUAUCGAAAUCCGGAAGUUCCCACGCGAUCGAUUGAGAUUCUUAGAAAAAAUUGGUACCGGUCAGUUUGGCGAGGUUCACAUUUGUGAAGUGGAAUCACUUGGAAACAUUGUUGGUUCGCAAGUAGGCCAUUGUAGCUGGGUCAUGUCCGGUACGAUAAAGGUAGCUGUCAAGUUAUUAAAAGCAGGCGUCGAUAAGAACAUUGAAAAGGAGUUCAUGAAGGAAGUACGAGUAAUGGCACGGCUGCAGCACGAUAAUGUUGUACAGCUGCUGGGAAUUUGCGAAGAGGAACCCAAAUGCAUGGUUGUGGAAUAUAUGGAGAACGGAGACUUAAAUCAGUUCUUGCAUAACUACAGCUUUUCCAAUGAAGCCUCAGGACUGGACGACAUUCCGUCAAAUAUUCUUAACGAAGAAACCUUGUUGUAUAUGUGUAUGCAAAUUGCCAGUGGUAUGCAUUAUUUGUCCUCUCAAGGUUUCAUUCAUCGUGAUCUGGCGACAAGAAACUGUCUUGUCGGUCACUCCUUCACUGUAAAGGUUUCAGAUUUUGGUAUGUCAAGGUAUCUUUAUUCAAAGCAGUACUACAGAAUCGAAGGCAAAGCUGUUCUUCCCAUCCGAUGGAUGGCUCCAGAAAGUCUUUUUUACGGGACUUUCACAAGCCAGUCUGAUAUCUGGUCCUUCGCUGUCACAGUUUGGGAGAUGUUUACGUUUGCAAGGGAAACGCCAUACAGUCAUCUUAGCGACCAGCAGGUCAUUGAAAACGCCUGCUCUGUGGUUGCUAAGCAACGCAGAAGUUUCCGAUACCUGCCUAAACCUGAUGGCUGCCCAAGCAACGUAUAUGAAAUGAUGCAAAGAUGCUGGGAAAGAUCGCCAUCAGAAAGGCCGACCUUCACUGACCUAUUUCAGUUCUUUCAGUCGAUUGUUAAUAGUACCGAAGCCUCUGUCUAACUCCACCGCCUCGUGUCUAACUCCACCGCCUCGUGUCUAACUCCACCGCCUCGUAUCUAGCUCCACCGCUUCAUGUCAAACCUCCCUCCGAAUGAAUGCUCCCACAUAAGCAUUGAAAGUCUAAAUAACGCCCCGGGCUUUUUUAAAGUUUAUAUGGUGUAUUGAUGCAGAGUUUUGAAAGUGAAAUGGUUCAUACAAGGUUAGUUGGUAUUGUUCUGCAACUGGGAAAGCCUUGUCUUGCUGCAUGACAAAAUUGUAUGUGGCAUAUUAUAUACCGUUCUUCUGUUUAUCAUUCCAGUUUAUGUAAGCAGGCUUAUCCCCCUGUAGGCGUCAUUAAUGAACACUAUUGUUGUAACGUUGUCCAACGGGAAUUUUUCCCACAUUUUCUUAUCGCUGUUUUUGCUCGUCCAUCCAAUUUUUAAAUCGAUUUAAGGUUAGGUUUUAGCGAUCAUUUCUGUGAAUGAACAAAGUACAUAGGGUUUAUAUGUGCCAGUGGUAUUAGAAAAGUUUAAAAGCUGACAGAUAACUGUCAAGGACAUUGUGUACCUAAACACCACAUGGCCAGAGCUCAGUAAGCUUUGGCCAAAAUUGCAAGAAACUUAACAAAUAAAAGAAGUCCUUGUUUUUUCCUGAUAGGGUGACUUGUUCUGCUCUUUUAUCUAGCAUUAUUGUGGUAGUUCCUCAGAAGUUUCACUGCUUUUUAAAACUUUCCUUUAAAUAAUCUUUCGUUGCAGAAAAUUAUGAAUUUAGUCACAAUGUCUUGCGUUAUCAGCCUUAAAACAUUUUAUAUUUAAUCAAAUCAAAUAUAUCCAACUUUAUAUGUAAUUCUAUUUUGUCAACAAAUUUUAGCCUGCAGCAGUGUAUUUUCGCCGACAGAUUUAAUAUAACUGUUGAACUGAAAAUAAGUAUCAUUUAGUGACUUCGACGGAUAUUAGUGUUAAAAUGUUGAGACAUUUUUUUCUAUAUCAAAGGAGAGAAUUGUCUUUUUACAUCUAAAUAUUAAUAAAAUUAUUUGCUACAGUUUGUAGGGAUCACAAAAUGUUAUUCGCUUUGUAAAUCGAACGUAUAAUAAGACUUUGUAUCAUAGCGUUAAUGCAGAAUUCGUUACAAGUAUAACGAGCUAUUUUUUUUAAAUUUAACCAGUUGCAACUUCUGUAUUUAAAUUUUUGAGUAAAUUUUAUAAUGUCCAAAUGUAACUUUCUUGUUGUAUCUCCUUUUUGCUUGAUCUGAGUGGCAAGAAACCCUGUGUUAUCAUGAGUGCUUUAGCGAUAGUGAGCCAGAAGGCUAUUUCUUGUACACAACAUCCGGUAGUGUAGAGCCGAGAAAAAUGUAAGGGGGGGGGGCAUAGCGCUUUCAUUAUAUUGUAUACAAAAUGAAUGUUUCAGUUGUUUUCGUUUACGAUCGUCAUGUUAGUGAAAAAGUAAGAUCAAAUUUUGGUGGGAAAAUAAAACGAUGGCCUCAGGAAAUAAGCAGAAUGAAUAUAUAUAAUCAGGCAAAAAUUUUGUUUGGAGAAAGUUUACUGGAAAAAUUUUUCUCAGAAGUGCCAAAAAUGUUUAUCUUUGGGCACUGGUAAAAGCGCAAAAUAUGGAUAAAGCUAAGCAAAUGGUCAUAGAGUUUUUACGCCAGGCAGCUCAUUAGUGUGAUGAAAUUGCAUAGCAAGUGGGCUACACGAAGUCUACUACUCAAAUGAUUUUCAACUCAUGUAAAAAAGCAGUUUACCGGAGAAAAAGUAGAGAACAAGCAGGUCAAAAGGUUCUCUUAUAGGAACCAA